AAGAUCGCUGCACUGUUUGCUCAAACCCUGAGCUGUUAGGCCUAAUAGUUGGGGGGGGUGCUCUUCCUGCUUCAACCUGAAACCCUGUAGGCGCCUCUCUAUCAGCACCACGCUGCUUCACCUGUCGCCCAUCCUGCGCGUCUUUCAUCCCGCCAGAGGCCCCUAGUACAGUCGCUGGUGCCUGGAUGUCCAGACAGAGCACAGACUGUGAGGGGAGGUGGGCUGGAUUUACUUCACCAAAGGAAGGAUUGAUAUUUGUCUCUAUUUUGUCCCCUUAAGGCCCUCGUGUGCAGGACUGGGGACAGGACGUCGCUUCUGCUUCUUGUUUUGAGACUUAAUACAUGGACAUGGUGAGCUGAAGAUGGGGUCGGUAACAUCGUACUUUGGCCCCUUGUGUGGGGAAGAGCAAAAGAUAGAGGAGGAGAGACACUUUCGAGGGAAUGACCGACCUUUCAACCUGUCUUACCACUAUGCCGACAACGCCAUCACUACCUCCAAAUACAGCGUAUUCACCUUCCUGCCACUGAACCUCUUUGAGCAGUUCCGGAGGCUCGCCAACGCCUACUUCCUGUCCCUCAUGCUCCUCCAGCUCAUCCCGCAGAUCUCCUCUCUGUCCUGGUUCACCACGGCCGUCCCUCUCAUCCUCGUGCUGUCCAUAACAGCGGUGAAAGAUGCCAGCGAUGACAUAAACAGGCACAGAAGUGACAAGCAGGUGAAUAACCGCAUGGUGAACGUCCUCAUUGACGGAGAACUGAGGAGUGACAAAUGGAUGAAUGUUCAGGUCGGAGACAUAAUCAAGCUGGAGAAUAAUCAGUUUGUCACAGCGGACCUCAUGCUGCUCUCCAGCAGUGAGCCUCUCAACCUGGUCUACGUGGAAACGGCUGAAUUGGACGGGGAAACCAAUCUGAAGGUGAAACAGGCCCUGACCGUCACCGGAAAGAUGGGGGACAGCAUCCACGCACUGGCUGCCUUCAAGGGUGAAGUGCGGUGCGAGCCUCCCAACAACCGUCUGGACAAGUUCAGAGGAACGCUCUCCCUGGACGGACAAACCUACUCUUUGGACAACGACAAGGUGCUGCUCAGGGGAUGCACUGUGAGGAACACCGACUGGUGCUUCGGUCUGGUCAUCUUCGGAGGUCCCGACACCAAGUUGAUGCAGAACAGUGGAAAGACGACAUUCAAACGGACCAGCAUUGAUCACCUGAUGAACGUCCUGGUGUUGUGUAUCUUUGGCUUCCUGGCAUUUAUGUGCACUGUUCUGGCCAUCGGCAAUGGAAUCUGGGAGGUGAGGGAGGGCUCUGUGUUCACAAUCUUCCUCCCUCGUGAGCAAGGGGUAAAUGCCGCCCUCUCUUCCUUUCUUUCCUUCUGGUCCUACGUCAUCGUCCUCAACACUGUGGUGCCCAUUUCCCUUUACGUGAGUGUGGAGAUCAUCCGUCUUGGGAACAGCUUCUACAUAGACUGGGACAGGAAGAUGUAUUACCCCAAAAACGACACGCCUGCCCAGGCGAGGACCACCACACUCAACGAGGAGCUGGGCCAGAUCAAAUACAUCUUCAGCGACAAGACGGGCACCCUGACGCAGAACAUCAUGACUUUUAACAAGUGCUCCAUCAAUGGGAAAGCUUACGGGGAGCUGUUUGACUUCUCCGGACAAAGGGUAGAAAUAACAGAGAAAACUGAGAGAGUGGACUUCUCCUGGAACAAGCUGGCCGAUCCAAAGUUCUCGUUUCAUGACCACAGUCUGGGGGAAACGGUGAGAGGGGGAAACCUGGAGGCUCGGGCCUUCUUCCGCCUCCUCGCUCUGUGCCACACAGUCAUGCCCGAGGAAAAGAAAGAGGGCGAGCUCCACUAUCAGGCUCAGUCUCCUGACGAGGGCGCUCUGGUGACGGCAGCCAGAAACUUCGGUUUUGUGUUCCGCUCGCGCACACCGGAGAGCAUCACGGCCAUGGAGAUGGGCAUAAAAGUCGUCUAUGAACUGUUGGCCGUCCUUGACUUCAAUAAUGUACGCAAGAGGAUGUCGGUCAUAGUGCGUAGCCCCGAAGGCAAGCUGACUCUGUUCUGCAAAGGAGCUGACACCAUCAUCUAUGAAAGGCUGCACCCGUCCUGCAACAAACUCAAGGAAGUGACCACGAUACACCUCAACGAGUAUGCGGGAGACGGGCUCCGCACGCUGGUCCUGGCCUACAAGGACCUGGAUGAGGACUACAUGAAUGACUGGAAACGGCGCCACCAUGAGGCCAGCACCGCUAUGGGGGAUCGAGAGGAGAGGCUGGAGGAGCUUUAUGAGGAGAUAGAGAAAGACCUGAUGCUGUUGGGAGCGACAGCUGUGGAGGACAAGCUGCAGGACGGCGUGCCACAGACCAUAGAGCAGCUGGCUAAAGCUGACAUCAAGAUCUGGGUGUUAACUGGAGAUAAACAGGAGACGGCGGAGAACAUAGGCUAUUCCUGCAACAUGCUGAGAGAGGAGAUGAAGGAGAUCUUUGUUGUGGCUGCCAACACGGCCGAAGGAGUCAAAGAAGAGCUACAGAAGGCCAGGAGGACAAUGUGUCCCGAAGUAGCGGAGGAGCCGACUGUGAUCAAGGCUCGAGCCGGCCUGUUCUGGCUCCAGAAGACGGAGAGAGUGGAGGACGAGAAGGUUGAUGGAGACUACGGCCUAAUUAUAAAUGGCCACAGUCUGGCCUUUGGACUGGAGAAGGACUUGCAGCUGGAGCUGCUGAGAACAGCGUGCAUGUGUCAGACAGUGAUCUGCUGCCGCGUCACCCCUUUGCAGAAGGCCCAGGUGGUUCAGCUGGUCAAGAAAUACAAGCAAGCCGUCACUCUGGCCAUCGGCGAUGGCGCCAAUGACGUCAGCAUGAUCAAGGCUGCUCAUAUCGGUGUUGGUAUCAGCGGUCAGGAGGGCAUGCAGGCGGUCCUCUCCAGCGACUUCUCCUUUGCACAGUUCCGAUACCUUCAGCGCCUCCUGCUGGUGCACGGCCGCUGGUCCUACCUGCGCAUGUGCAAGUUCCUGGGAUAUUUCUUUUACAAGAACUUCACCUUCACCUUUGUGCAUUUCUGGUACGCCUUCUUCUGUGGCUUCUCCGCUCAGACUGUUUAUGACGAGUGGUUCAUCACCUUGUACAACAUGGUUUACACAGCACUUCCUGUCCUUGGCAUGAGCCUCUUUGACCAGGAUGUCAACGACCGCUGGAGUUUUCAGUAUCCUCAGCUGUACGCUCCGGGCCAGCUCAACCUGUACUUCAGCAAAAAAGCCUUCGUCCGCUGCAUGAUGCACAGCUGCUACAGCUCCCUCAUCCUCUUCUUCAUCCCGUGGGCCGCCAUGCACGAUACGGUGCGAGACGACGGCAAAGACAUUGCCGACUACCAGUCCUUCGCCCUGCUGGCGCAGACCUGUCUGCUUGUGGUGAUGAACAUUCAGUUGUGUCUGGACACCUAUUACUGGACGGCAGUGAACCAUUUUUUUGUGUGGGGCAGCCUGGCCGCUUACUUUGCCAUCACGUUAACCAUGUACAGCAACGGCAUGUUCCUCAUCUUCACCUCCUCUUUCCCCUUCAUUGGCACGGCGAGGAACUCCCUGAACCAGCCCAACGUUUGGCUCACCAUCUUCCUGACAUCCCUCCUCUGUAUUCUGCCUGUGGUGGCUUUCCGCUUCAUUCUCAUUCAGCUUCGGCCCACCAUCAACGACAAGGUGCGACAUACGGUGCGAAAGGAGGCGCUGCCGGCGCCGGCACCUCGCCGCCCGCCCGCCAGGCGCAUCAGCACGCGGCGCUCCGGCUAUGCCUUCUCGCACUCGCAGGGCUUCGGGGACCUGGUGACGUCUCGAAGGUUCCUGCUGAAGAUGCCGCUGAGGAGCCGACCGGUGGUGUUCACGCAGACGGACUCUGCCCUGGCUCAGAGUCAGCCGCAACACUACCGCACCAUCGCGGAGGAGCGGGAGGAGCCGCAGAGCCCCCAGGCCGUAGCGGCCGCCGCUGCACAGUGAGGCCGAAUCAACAGGCUGCAGGUUUUAUAUCGGAGAGAUGGGGCAGCGUUUACUGGCAAAUCUUAGUCUGAUAUGAAAUUGCACUUUCUUGUCUUGCUCUUCAGAGUUUGUAUCCCUAUGGUUGAAUUCACUUAUUGUAAGUCGCUUUGGAUAAAAGCGUCAGCUAAUUGACAUGUAGUAGUGUAAUGUAAUAUCCGUCCACGUGUGUUUGUUUUUUACUCCUGGAGGGAUAUCCCUGUGAAAAUGCCGAAGAUGAAAGCACACACGAUCUUGAAGGGCCUCAUAACGUACAUUUUGACACUUGAAACGCUCAGAUGCUUUUAAUUGCUUGGAUAACACAUUCGGAAUUUCCAAUAACAAAACCGUUUUUCGAGCUUUUCCAGUGUGGUUCAAUCCACCUUUAUUGGCAUGAUAUUUGCAUACAGGGAAUCAAUCUUUGAGUGAACUGUGGAAAAUUGUAGUCAGGUUUAUACACCAAAGACAAACACCCAAACUCACACAGUUAGUUUGUUUUAUUGUCUCUAGGAACAGGAGGAGACUGAUCAUAUCGACUUCUAACUUAGUGAAAUAACCAGAAACAUAAGCAACCUGGAGGGGUCAGACUUCUGAUGAGCUUUAGGAAAUGGCCAGAAACAUUACGUGCAGACUAAAAGAUGCUAAAAUCAGAAACUGCAAUGAGAUUAACUCUGUGUCAUGACCACAGAAGUGGUUGUUGUGAUUUUAUAGAAAGUGAACUUUCAACGAAUGUAAAAGGUUGCCGCUGGUAUCACCACACUGCCUGCAACACAAUGUUGCAUUUUGUACCUUUUUUAAUUGUAUGUUUGAAUUGUCAUUAUUCAGGGUGUCAUUCUUAGAAAGCAUAAAAUAAAUCCACAAUGAACCUUUUUUCACUAUGUUGUUUGUAUAAUUAUGCAUGAAGAUGGAUGUAAAACAGUGUUUUAUUAUUCCUCUGCAUUAAUAAUAUGUUAACAAUAUUCUUGUCACCUAUGCAGAGAUGUAUAACUGAAGAGAUUUUUUUAAGGAACAGCCUGCAGCCAAUUUGAAUGUAUAUUCAUUAUUGGUUGCAUUUCUUCCAGCCUGUAGAGAUUUGGAGGGCCAGCUUUUAUGUGAGCUUUUAUCAAUCAUAUUUCAGCCAUCAUGUCAUGCCUGGGUUGAAGAAACCUGCUCUCGGGCCUUCAAAAUCAACAGUGCCUGUAGCUCAAGGUAAACCAGUGUCGUUAACCAGUCAGAUUUGAAAAUGCAGCACAGAUUAUUCAUAAAAUCCCCUUUUUUCAGUCCAAGACCACAUUUAGCCAUUGUGUGUUCAUUGUGUUCUUAACCCUUUUUACAUGAUCAUCUGUAAAUAAAAAACAUUACUUGAUUGAC